AUGGCAGACUCACUUGCACUAGACGUCGCGACACUUGCCGGCUUCUUCUGUAGCGCCUUACUCUAUGGAGUGUUCCUUGUCUUGUUGGUUAUCGCUUUUUAUGUCCUCAUCUACAAACGGAAGACGCAGCGACCAAAUUAUAUCCUCCUCGCCGGGUCAUGUGGAAUGUUCGUAUUGAGUACUUUCACUCUCGCAUUCACAUAUGCGAGGGCGCAAAAGGGGUUCAUAUACCUUCGCGAUGAAAACGGUGGACCUAUUGCGUAUUUCGAACAAAUAAACAGUCUCGAGGAAGUUAUAUACCGAUGCUGGGUGGUGUGGACGGAGAGCUAUUGGAUCAUAGCGUUUCCCUGUUUUCUAUGGGUCGCAAGCAUCGUGGUGGAUUGCAUGAUGAUUGUGACAAUGGCCGAGAUGAAUCCUGCCGAGUCGAUUUUCGUCAUUAAUCUGGGCAAAUGGAUCACAGCAGUGCUCAGCCUCACGCUCACGCAAAAUAUCAUUGUGCUCACGCUUAUCGUGUACCGGAUAUGGAAAGUCAACACAUCCAUUGGACGAACAUCAACUUCCAGCCUUCGACCUAUCAUUGCCGUUCUUUUGGAAUCCGGCAUCAUGUAUGUGACGACUCUGUUCCUCUUCCUCGUUACAUACCUCGCUGGAUCCAACAGUCAGUUCAUAAUGGUCGAUAUCCUCAAUCCGAUAAUUGGUAUCGCCUUCACUGUCCUUAUCGUUCGGGUUGGCCUGGGCGCAACUCGAUCGCAAAUGGACUCAACCUACUUCCGCUCGCAGCAUACAGGAGGCUCUCAUGGCCUGGGUCCGAUCGCUAUCUCCGUCAACCGGAAUGUACACCCUGACGAAGCGAUGCUCGAUGAAGAUCAUUCAGGAUACAAGCUGGGGAGUGAUGCAGAGCUUGCCGAGUCAGUACAAGGACAGUCAGAGGUAGCGUAG